AUGGAGGUCGCUCCUGGAGGUACUGCUGGUGCUGGAGCUGCUGGAGGUGCUGCUGGUGCUGGUGCUGCUGGCGCUACUGGAGGCGCUGCUGGUGCUGGUGCUGCUGGAGGUGCUGCUGGUACAGGUGCUGCUGGUGCUGGUACUGCUGGAGCUGCUGGAGGUGCUGUUGGAGCUGCUGGAGGUGCUGUUGGUGCUGGUGCUGCUGGCGCUGCUGGAGCUGCUGGCGGUGCUGCUGGCGCUGCUGGAGGUGCUACUGGUGCUGGUGCUGCUGGAGCUGCUGGAGGUGCUGCUGCUGCUAGCGGUGCUGCUGGCGCUGCUGGAGGUGCUGCUGGUGCAGCUGCUGCUGGAGGUGCUGCUGGUGCUGGUGCUGCUGGAGCUACUGGAGGUGCUGCUGGUGCUGGAGCUGCUGGAGGCACUGCUGCUGCUGGCGGUGCUGUUGGAGCUACUGGAGGUGCUGGUGCUGGAGCUGCUGGAGCCGCUGGUCCUGGAGGUGCUCGUACUGGAGGUACUGGAGCUGCUGGGACUGGGCCUGCCGAGGGGGUUGGAGCUGGAGGUGCUGAGCGGCCGCGGCCGUACUACGUUCCGCUACUUCAGCAGGUUCUUGGUCUCCCACCCUCUACUGGUCCUACUCCUCCCCUACUGAGUCCACCGCCUGUCCAGUCACAGUUGCAGUUACAGCCUGCCUCUCCACUGCCUGGUCCUUCUCCUUACACUGCGCCGACGGGUAGUCUUACUGAGCGUCGUGAGCCUGAGUCUCGUCCUCCGUCGCCUGAGUCUAGUCCAGAGUCGCCUGAGUCGCGUCCAGAGUCGACUGUCCGCGCUGUCCGCGCUGGUCGUCGUGCUCCGCGUCAGCGUCCUCCUCCUGUCCUUGGUACUCACUAUAUGACCCUACGUCCUUCCACUGCUCCACAGCGUGUCCCUCUGCCGUCUCCUCCUGCGUCCUCUCUUCCUGACGUUGCUGACUCGCCGUCAGACCUUACUCGUGCUGCCAGUCCUACUGUAGCGCGUCUCCUUGCCACUGUUGUCACUGACCCUACCUUUGAGUCCUCUGCUGCGUCUGCUCUAGUAGCUGAGCUUGUUGACUUUGCUGCCGCCUGUCGUCUAGACUACGCCGCUAGCCUUGUUGCUGAGUCUGAGUCUGUCUGUCCUCCGUCCGUCGGGGGUGAGUGUGCUCUUGGCACGGACGUCCUUGAGGACAGACAGGAGGAGUUUGAGUGCUUUGCUGCUGCUUUACCUCAUCUCGUGUCCAUGCUGAUUGCCCCUGAGGGAGACCCGGAUGCACCAGACAUCCCGACCCCACGCUCCUACGCAGAGGCGAUGGAGGGUCUCUACUCCUCUCAGUGGCAGACAGCCAUGGACGCAGAGAUGGCUUCCUGGAAGUCCACAGGCACCUACGUCGACGAGGUUCCCCCACCUGGGGCGAACAUCGUCAAUGGCAUGUGGAUUUUCAGGGUGAAGCGGCCGCCGGGUUCUCCGCCUGUCUUCAAGGCGCGUUACGUUGCACGAGGCUUCAGUCAGCGAGAGGGAGUUGACUUCUUCCAGACCUUCUCCCCGACCCCGAAGAUGACCACUCUUCGGGUUCUGCUGCACGUCGCUGCUCAGCGUGACUACGAGCUCCACUGCCUUGACUUCAGCACUGCGUUCCUACAGGGCACCCUGCACGAGGAGAUCUGGCUGCGCCGCCCACCUGGCUUCACUGGGUCGUCCCCUCCUGGUACCCAGUGGAGCCUCCGGCGGCCAGUCUACGGUCUCCGCCAGGCGCCCCGUGAGUGGCACGACACACUGAGGACCGACACCACUCUACCGCUGACCCGUCGCUGUUUCUACGCACCGACACCACUCUACCGCCGUUCUACGUUCUCGUGUACGUAG